AUGCAGAACGAACAGUUAAACGAAUUUACUCCAGCAGAGCAUAUUCAUCAGAUUCGCUCAUAUUUCGAUAUCAUAGACAAUGCAGUUCAAAUUGGUGACACUAAUAGAAAAUAUUCUGACGCAAAGAUUCCAUCACAACCUGGAACUGCUAAAGAUAACACAUGGGUAACAUUCAAUCUCUCACCUCCUGGUGAAAAUAUGUUGGACCUUUACAAUACAUUCAUUACGUAUAAAAUGGAAGGUCAAUUUAUUGUAGAUAAAGAAAUUGGUUCAGGUUCCAAUAAAACAAACCCACCAGGAUUUUGGAUUGGUUUCGAUGACGCUUUCUAUGCAGUUGCUGGAUAUCAAAUCCUUGCAAAUGGUCGUAUCGUAUAUUCUCAAGACAACGCAAGAGAAGAAGCAUAUAUAACUUCAAACUCACAAACUACCGAACAAAUAAAGAAAGUAGAUGUUUUCUCAAAGACUCGACAUGAAGAUGUAUGGAGUCAUUCGGGAACAUGCAGAACAGGACAAAUUGUUAGUGGUCCAAUUACAGCAGGAAAAUCAUUUGAUUUUAAGCUUCGUUUAAGAAUUCCUGUUAGAAGAUUCCUUCCAUUAGAAGCUAUUCGAUUUAUUCCAGCUUUUGCAGGAAACAUUCAGCUUAA